UGUAACUCACUGUGUGACCCUGGGCAAGUGUCUUACCCUCUCUGUUUCUCUCUCCUGUCCAUGAAGGAGUUGGGUUAGGUGAAGAGUCCUUCCUGCUCUGACACUCUGACAUCCUUCUUGAACCCUAGGGUUGACACUACUAUUAUCCGUUGUACAACGAACUCCCUGUGGCCCAUGGGAGCUUGCUAGAAAUACAGAAUCUCAGGUCCUGCUCCAGACCCUCAGAAUCAGAACCUGCAUUUCCCGUAAGGUCCCCAGGGAAUGCGUGUGCCUGUUCAGUGAGAGGAGCACUCAGGAACCACAUUCCCGCCUUCUGUUGGGGCUGUGCUGAGUGCUGAGUGAAGAUGUCUGUGCACCCUCCCAUCAGCAAAGAGAGACCCUUUCAAAGGAAGUGAUGAAGCCUCGCAUACAACAGGCUCACAACCAUCAGUGGGACAGGAACCAACGUCAAGUACCUCAUGAUGCGUCCAGACGAACCUGGGAAAACUGGGAGCUGCCGACUGGACUUCCUCUGAAUCAGCUGCUAUUUCUUGGUGUCUCUAGUUUUAAAAGCUCCCCAGGGGCAACCUGAAAUCCCCUAUGGUCUCAGAAUAGGAUGGGGAAGGGAUUCUGAAGUCCCCAUCAAACAUGUUUAUCUCACAAGCCUCGGAAGGAGCCACAACGCCAAAGGCAAGAAUCUCAGGGCACUGCCCACACUGGUGUGAUAUCCUGACCCCUGUCUAACAAAGCCAGCAUGUGUCCAGUGGGCCUGACCAUGUGUGGGGCAGCGUUCCAGAACAGCAAGACAUCCCGGCAUUCAUCUGGUUUAGGACAGACCUUUAACUGCCAGCUGGUGGCCACCUCACUGUUCUUUAAAUAGUCCAGCCUUGAGGUCUCUUCACUGUGGUCUGUUCUGAUGCAUGGCCCCACCAGUGCAAAACAGGAUGACUUUGUUCUGUGGGCGAGACAACUGUGAAAGCAGCAGCUGUGUGUGUCGAAGUCUAUGGAGAGCCACCUAGAAUGUCCCCGGCAAACCAGUCGCUGGAAGGCCUUCUGCAGGAGGCCUCCAACCGGUCUCUGAAUGCUACGGAUACUCCAGCAGCCUGGGACCCAGCGACCCUGCAGGCCCUCCAGAUUUCUCUUGCUGUGGUUCUUGCCAUCAUCACGCUGGCCACAGUCCUUUCCAACGCCUUUGUGCUCACCACCAUCUUCCUCACCCGGAAGCUCCACACCCCAGCCAACUAUCUCAUUGGCUCCCUGGCCACGACUGACCUCUUAGUCUCCAUCUUGGUCAUGCCCAUCAGCAUCGCCUAUACCAUCACCCACAACUGGACCUUCGGCCAAAUCCUGUGUGACAUCUGGCUGUCUUCUGACAUCACGUGCUGCACGGCCUCCAUCCUGCAUCUCUGUGUCAUUGCUCUGGACAGGUACUGGGCCAUCACGGACGCCCUGGAGUACAGUAAACGCCGGACCGCAGGCCAUGCAGCGGCCAUGAUCGCCAUCGUCUGGGUCAUCUCCGUCUGCAUCUCCAUCCCACCUCUCUUCUGGCGGCAGGCCAAAGCUCAGGAGGAGAUGUUGGACUGCCAGGUGAACACUUCCCAGAUCUCCUACACCAUCUACUCCACGUGUGGGGCCUUCUACAUCCCAUCUGUGUUGCUCAUCAUCCUCUACGGCCGGAUCUACCUGGCUGCCCGGAACCGCAUCCUGAACCCACCAUCCCUCUACGGGAAGCGCUUCACCACAGCCCAGCUCAUCACAGGCUCUGCGGGGUCCUCCCUCUGCUCUCUCAACCCCAGCCUUCACGAAGCGCACUCUCAUUUGGCCGGCUCUGCUCUCUUUUUCAACCAGGUGAAAAUCAAGCUUGCUGACAGCGUGCUGGAGCGCAAGAGGAUUUCCGCGGCUCGGGAAAGGAAGGCCACCAAAACCCUGGGGAUCAUCCUGGGGGCCUUUAUCAUCUGCUGGCUGCCCUUCUUUGUCGCAUCUCUUGUCCUCCCCAUCUGCCGGGACUCCUGCUGGAUCCCCCAAGCCCUUUUCGACUUUUUCACCUGGCUGGGCUAUUUAAACUCGCUCAUCAAUCCCAUCAUCUAUACUGUGUUUAAUGAAGAGUUUCGGCAAGCAUUUCAGAAAGUGGUCCAUUUCCGGAAAGCCUCCUAGUCUUAUUUGGUGGUGACUCUGGCUAUCGUUUGUGUCCUAUAACCCAAUUGGAAUUGUCUUUUUUUAUUUCACCUGAGAUUUGGGUUAAUCCUGAUAUUUGGGGUUUGGGUUCAAUCCACAGAAUUGUUGUGUGUUUUUUUAUUCCUGUUGUCUUCUUGACUUCUAAGCCACCAAAAGCUGGGAAGCUGAGUGAAAGGGGACAAAGACUGAAGAUUUCACUUAGCAUAAUAUUUUCAGGGUUCAUCCAUGUUGGAGGAAACAUGACCCAUCAGGUUCCCCAUUGAUGCAAUUCAGGUGGGAAACUGACUCUGUGGGAAGAGCCAGGCUCAAAAGCAGGGCUUUCUGGUCUACCAAAGUUUUUUAUGGAACUCAAAGGAGGGUGGAUGAGAUUAAUGACCUGAGUUGAAAGAAUUUGGAGGGAGGAAGGAAUCUCCGUUCCAUGUGGCACCUUCAUUGGAAAAUAACACCAAGGAAUUUCAUCCUCUGAUUCCUUCUUAGAUUGAAUCCUCCCCCCCCCCACCCCCGUUGUUCAUUUAAGGUGAUAACAGUGUGGAGUGACAGAGAUUCAGAAGCUGGGGGCAGUGGAGUGGAAAGAUUGGAACCAAAUCAACUAUCUUGCACCCUUCCUCCUCCUCCAAUACCUCUGCACCCUAUGAAUGUUCUGAAGCUAAAACCCACAAUCACCCCCACUGAAGUAGAUUGACAGGCUUUGAACCCACCAAGGUUUGAGGGGAACACCGGUUCUGAUUUUUCCCCCUGAAUUUUUACAUGCCAUUCUCAUUAGAGAUCUUAAAAUGUUGAGUCUUAUCAAAUAAAAAGCAUGAGACAUCAUGA